UUCAAAUAUCUUACAGUUUAUAUACACUGUUCUGUCUUCAGUCAUUCCAUCAAACCAAUCAGUCAUUUUAAGAAAUAACUUUAUUCAUUCAAAAUUGACUAUUACUUAUAUAUUUGUACUUAACAAACAAAUCAUCCACCUUUGCCAUAACAGUAAUAAUAUCCAUAGCUUUAGUAAUAAUGACAAUAAUGAUAUUGGUAAAACAUUUUCUUUCUUUUAAAUUAAAUAUAUUAACUGCAGAUUAUGACUGUACGUAGCUCUCGCUCAUUGAUAGUGGAGAGGAGUGAGCUAUCUCGUUGAUGUUAAAUAUCUUUGCUGUGAGCAGGAUUGUAGUACAGUUUGUUCUCGCUGCUGAGCUUUUCUUCCCUGGGUGCUGCAGUACCAGCCCAGUUGUUUACUUCUCGUUUCAGUAUCAGUUGCGGUUGCUCAAACAGUCACUGUCACAGAUGCUGUGGGCUUUAAGUAAAGCUGUGGGGAGCUGCCGGGCUGUUAAACCACACUGACAAACGAUGCAAAAAGCGCCCAGUGCACUGCGGCCAGAGGCAUGUCACAUUUGACCUGCCCGCUGCCGUGCUGCUAGCCUGUCGGCUAAAGUUAGCGACCGAUAGCUAAGCUGCAGCUGACUGGCAGUGAGCCGCCCAGAAUGAUAAAGUUAAGCCAGCAGUUAAACAAAACUUCACGAAAAGACGAAAAACAACACAACCAGUGUUAAGGGCUGGAAUCGUCACGGUUCAAAAACCUCAGUAUUUGGAAAACUUCUCGACUCUCAUGCGGACUUUAUCCACAGUUUGCUCUCGCCGUUUGGACAGGGUUAACGGUAGCAACCGUUCCUACUGCUGCAGCCGCACAAUCAACAGUCAACAAUGUUAGUGUCCCGUACAACACGCCUACUCGGAAGAGGGAAAACUCUGCUCCGUGAUCCGGCUAAGAGGAUUUGCGUGAACAUGUCGUCCUCCUCUCUCUCGGGUAACAGACUGCGGGUUCUGGUUGACAUGGACGGGGUCCUGGCGGACUUCGAGGGGGGGUUCUUGAAGAAGUACCGAGCCAGGUACCCGGACGAGCCCUACAUCACCCUGGACGACAGGAGAGGGUUUUGGGUGUCAACGCAGUACGGGCAGCUGAGGAGCGACCUCUGUGAAAAAGCCAUCAGUAUCUGGGAGUCCAAAGACUUCUUCAUAGAGCUGGAGCCCCUGCCAGGAGGAGUGGAGGCGGUCAAGGAGAUGGCCAAGAUGGAUAACACAGAUGUCUUUAUUUGCACCAGCCCUAUAAAGCAUUACAAACACUGCCCAUAUGAGAAGUAUGCUUGGGUAGAGAAGCAUUUGGGCCAUGACUUUCUGGAGCAGGUCAUCCUGACCAGGGACAAGACAUUAAUCACCGGUGACAUCCUCAUAGACGACAAGCCUGACAUUUUAGGCGUGGAGCCCAAACCAACGUGGGAGCACAUCCUAUUCACCGCCUGCCACAACAAGCAUCUAUCUGUCAGCCCCUCCCAGAGACGACUCGUCUCUUGGUCGGACGACUGGAGGGCCAUCCUGGACAGCAAGAGGUGGUGAGGAACUCCUCCGCACAAGAGCCCCAGCGGCCUGGAUUUCUGGUUAGUGGAAGUCUCUGGGGGUCGCCACCACAACACCAACAUCAUCACCUCACCCGUGGGUGUCACGGGGUAAAGGAAAGUUGAAAUAGAGAUCAGACAUUUAGCACAAAGCAGACACUUGUUGCACUCAUUUGGGAGAUGACAUUCAUUUGUUUGACCACAAGGGGGCACUAUGAGACUAAGCGUGAAGUCGUGUCGGCAGCCACAUUGACAACAAAACAAAUGAAUGUGAGGAAAAAAUGAUUCAAAAUGGGUACAUGGUAAGUUCAAAGGAGCAGACUGAGUGUGUUGUCAGCUGCUCUGUAUAUCCAUCCUGUGUGUGUUGGGGGUUCUUAUUGUGGACAUUUCUGUUUCUGAACAAACAUUUUAAUUUUGAGCCACUGGAGCGUUUUAUCUGUGGUCUUCUUCACAAAAGGCUUAUCAGUGGUUCUUAGUACUGUGCUGCAUUAAUGAGUCAGUGGAGUGUGAUUCACUCACAACAACACACAAAAAUUCACAAAAAUAGUUUCCACUAGUCAUACGCACUGGCACAUAUGUGCAAUACAUAAACACCAUACCACUGUCAGCAAUGUAAAUGCAAAUAUACACAUACAGAAAUACCUCUUAAUGUUUUUAAAGAGUUCGUAUUGGUGCUUUUUUUAAAAAGGAAAAAAGUCUGUUUCCUCUAUGUUUCACAAUAAUCUAUGCAUCUUCAUUAAUAGACUGAUGGGGAAAAAAUACAGUUAAAGCCUGAGAAUUGCACACCUACAUAUGCAUGUUGCCAAAUCUAUCACUAGUAUAAAGUAUAUCAGAUUAAGGAGUGACUGAAAAAUGUGUGCUGAAUAUAUUAACAAAAUAUUAAAGGAUGAAAAGAUGUUUAUUGACAAAAUGAAUAUAUGACUAAAACUGUAAAAAGAGAUACGAUUUAUAUUGUUAGAUACUUUUUUUUAAAUGCUCUACACACAGCUGGUCAAACAAUGUAGAGCACAUCAUAUUUUAUUAGCUUUUGGUUAAAUUUCAAGCAGUUUACCUGUUGUAUAUACACUAAAAUUAGAAAAUAAUCCAGUAUUUGUCAAAAACCACCAUCCAGCUUUAGCAUCUGUUAGAAGACAUACACCUCACCUCACUUGAAUAAGUGGAGGUCUUGUUCUAUGCCAUUUUCAAUUAGACCUGUUUUUUCUUACUUAUAGUUCCUCUUUUUAGCUUGUUUACACACACACAUUGCAUCGGAUAUAAACUAAGUUAUAUGAUUAAAACAAACUUGUGACUGGCAGAGUACCUCCACCACAUAAUAAAAUCUGUAUUUAUUUUAGCAUGUCUUUUCUUAAUUGAAAAUGAAAAAAAAAGAGAGAAAAGAAAACAAUUAAGUCAUGUGAGCCAAAAAAUUACAUUCGCCUGUUUCAGCCAAGUACUGCAAAAGUCUUCAUCACUAGCUGCUGCCCGAGGUUUGAAAAAUGACUUUUCUCUCGGUCAGGAUUUGCAUUGUUCUGCUUCAUGUCUGUUUACACGUAAGUGUGCAGAAGCUGAAUUAGAAUUUCUGGCAGGCCAGUUCUGAUUUUGCCUGUUGCUGCUAAUGUGCUUUUUAGGAACAAAGCAGCAGGUCCUGGACAUGUUUAAUGGAAGAUGUACUUAGUGCUGAGUGUUGUGUUAUUGUGCCUAGUUUGAUGUACAGUUUCAGACAUGCUUAUUGCUGUCUAUGGGAUGUUUUAAUGCUGUGUUUUGUUCCACCUCACUUAAAACACGCACCAAGAAAAAAUCAACAGGAGGACUAAGGCACUUCUUUUUAUUUUUACAAUUAAAGGUGCAUUUCAUUGUCCCUGUUUGUUUUUAUACUUGUGUGGGAGACUUGAACUAAACAUGGUAAACAUG